AUGAGCGACUUUGACGAGUGCGGCCCGAGCGCAGCCAGCAUGUACCUGCCGGGCUGCGCCUACUACGUGGCCCCGUCGGACUUCGCGGGGAAGCCGUCGUUCCUGUCGCAGCCGCCCUCCUGCCAGAUGGCUUUCCCCUACUCGUCCAACCUGGCGCCGCACGUCCAGCCCGUGCGCGAGGUGGCCUUCCGCGACUACGGCCUGGAGCGCGCCAAGUGGCCGUACCGCGGCGGCGGGGGCGGCGGCGGCGGGGGCGCGGGGAGCGGCGGCGGGGGCGGCUCGAGCCAGGGACGGAAGACGGCCCCCCAGAGGUCCCGGAAGAAGCGCUGUCCCUACACCAAGUACCAGAUCCGCGAACUGGAACGCGAGUUUUUCUUUAAUGUGUACAUAAACAAAGAGAAAAGACUGCAGCUCUCUCGGAUGCUCAACCUCACUGACCGGCAAGUCAAAAUCUGGUUCCAGAAUCGCAGGAUGAAAGAAAAGAAACUGAACAGGGACCGUCUGCAGUAUUUCACUGGAAACCCCUUAUUCUGA